AAUACAGUUUUGUCUUUUAGGCUGGCAGCCUCGUUGGUUUCUUCUCUGUGGUGGUAUCUUGUCCUACUAUGAUUCUCAGGAAGAUGCCUGGAAGGGCUGCAAAGGAAGCAUCCAAAUGGCUGUGUGUGAAAUUCAAGUUCAUCCUGCAGAUAAUACACGAAUGGACCUGAUCAUCCCAGGGGAACAAUACUUCUAUCUGAAAGCAAGAAAUGCAGUUGAGAGGCAAAAGUGGCUGGUUGCACUAGGAACUGCCAAAGCCUGUCUGACAGACAGCAGGACACAAAAGGAAAAAGAGUUCACUGAAAACACAGAAGCCUUGAAGACUAAAAUGUCUGAACUUAGACUAUACUGUAACCUUCUUGUUCAGCAAGUGCAUAAAACUAAGGAAGCCAGCAUUUCUGCUGUAUCAGAUCCUGAGAGUGGGAUCGAUGUGGGAGCUCUUUUGAAAUCGACGUGUGACACCUUCCUGAAGACUCUUGAAGAAUGUAUGCAGAUUGCAAAUACUGCCUUUACUUCUGAGUUAUUACAUCAGACCCCUCCUGGAUCCCCACACUUAGCAGUUCUCAGAACAAACAAGAUAAAACACUCGAUCUUGUCCAGUCACACCUCAACAGAAAGACAGAUGGAAUUGAACCCCUGUGAAAACGGCUCUGUAAAAGCAGAAAUUAACCAGCAAGAGCAAACCUUUAUAAAAAGUCUAGCAUGUUUAAACUUGGAAAUAAAUGAGGGGAGCAGAGAUGUUUCUGUUGAGGAUCAUAUUGAAGAAGAUUCGGCAGGCAUGAAGAAAGAUGGAGAGAACAAGCUGCAAGCUGUAGGAAGCCUUGAUUCCCAGAAGUUCCUGCAGUCAGAAACAAACUCUUUAAGUGGAUUGACUCUGUGUGAAGAAGAUGAAAAUGAAAAUGGGUUUCCUACUUUCUUCAGUGUCAUGAGCAAUAGGUUCAGUGAUAUUGAACUUCAGGAGGAAGAGGGCAUACCAACAGAAGAGUUUCUGGAGUCAUGUUAUGCAAUUGUGCCCGUUCUGGACAAGUUGGGACCAACUGUUUUUGCUCCUGUUAAAAUGGAUUUUGUAGGUAACAUCAAGAAAAUAAAUCAGAAAUUUAUAACCAACAAAGAAGAGUUUGAUACCCUGCAGAAGAUAGUGCUCCAUGAAGUCAGUGCAGGUGUAGCACAAGUUAGAAACUCUGCUACAGAGGCACUCCUAUGGCUGAAAAGAGGCUUAAAGUUCUUGAAAGGGUUUUUGACAGAAGUGAAGAAUGGAGAAAAGAAUAUCCAAACAGCUCUGAACAAUGCUUAUGGAAAGACAUUACGGCAGCACCAUGGUUGGGUUGUCCGUGGGGUCUUUGCGUUAGCUUUAAGGGCAGCUCCAACAUACGAAGACUUCGUAGCAGCUCUGUCUGUAGAAGACUGUGAUCCUCAGGAGGAAACAUUUUACAAAGCAAUGCAGAGGGACCUCAACAUUUACUUACCAGCCAUGGAAAAGCAGCUAAAUAUCUUGGACACUCUCUAUGAGUGCAGCAUCUCUAAAAGUAUUAGAGAUCUUCACCAUGAGCACAUGUAGCGGGUGAUUUGAGCUUCCACAGGGAACCAGCCUUGGAACUAGCCGUUGUGUUCUGUCCCAGCUACCUGUUUAUAGCACAUUUUCCCUUCUGGCUCCUGAUAGUGAGCCAAAUCUAAAGGAAAUUUCUCCUAGUGCCCUCCACAACAAGAUGCUCCUGCCUGUAUUGCUUGAGAUGAGUGUGCUGCAACAUAUGUUGUGGUGCAGGAAGGAAAAGUGUGUGCAUGACAAGACUGUGAGCAUGGAGUGCCGUUCUGUCUGCACUGGUACCACUUUUGUUUCCUUUGCCCCAUAUUAUCUCAGUGCUGGGGCUGGUGAGCCAGAGCCCCAACUGGCACAGACUAACAAAGCCCAGCUAGUUUAAACAGCAUUUUACACAAUGCUGACAUUGAAAUUAUGUCCAUUACCCUGAUUUACUAAAAUGUUUUUCUUUCUGUAUUUUGAGUUUAGGAUUUUUUUAAAUUCACACAAAGUAUAUUUGUUUUUAAGUUGAAUACAGGUAGCAGUUUAAAAAACAGAUUUUAUUGAAGUCCCUAGGUUGCUAUUAUAGGCCAAGACUUCAUGAAAGUGGGCAUGAAAUAGCAAAGCCUGGGGAAAGCUAGAAUUUAUCACUGAGUUGUUGCACAUUAUGCCAUUUGCAGACUUUAAAAUCUAAAAUUAUGCAGAAGUGGCUAGGAAGUAAGAAGGUAAAAUUUGCUCUUUUCCUCCUUUACUGAUACAGAUAAAAAUGUGCACCUAGUUGCUAUUAGACGUGAUAAAGAAAUCCUUUUAGAUAGUUUGUUAUACGUAAAUGGGUAAAAUUCCUGCUUGUGUUGAAGAUUAGAACAUUAUGAGUUACUUACUGCCAGGUCAAGGUAUAAGUGGGUUUCUCAGCAGUGAGCUUUGUCCAAAGAGCUGAGUAUAACUCAUGAGAAAACUAAUCCUUAUGAGGUCCCUAAACUUGGUAAAUCCUCAUAAAUACAGGAGAAGUUUUGUCAUUACCAUACUCACAGGAUGAAUACUGGCUUUUGCUAGGCUAAAAAGCACAUUCUGACUAAAAUGAAUGUACUUCAGGCCUGCUGCAUCAUUCUGAGAAAACAGUCUCUCUGCAUACGUAAUACUUGAUCUUUUCUCAGGAGCCUAGCACUGCAGGCUUUAAGAAAAGUAUAUGAUGAGUGAAGAAAACACCAAAUGACACACUUGGUGUGUACAGCAAGGUACUAGAACUGUACUUGGGCAUUUAAGUAGUAUGACUUUCUUGUUCCUGUCAUCUUUUCUGAAUUGUGACUAUCUAUAGUCCCUACGUGCACCAGGAUAGAAUCAGAAGGAUAGAGGGUUUUUAGUUCUUGGAGUUUUCUUAUUUUAAUUAGUAUAUAUUUGUUUGAAUAUGAAGUCAAAACUUUUGACCAAAGCUCCAUUCAAUUAUUUCUCUACUUGCAGUGCUAAAAAUGAAGCAGAGAGCCUUUGAGAUAUGACUGUCUGCUUCUUCAAAGUAUGAAUGCAAAAAAACCCCGUACCUACAGCAGAACAACCAGCUCUCCACCCCCUGUGGUUUCCUCAAUCUUUUCAGCUAUUAUGUGGGAAACUUUUCUGUAACAGGUCUUAAUGCUGUGAUUAGGUAAUGGAGACCACAUUGCCACAAAAUAGCAGGAGUGUGUGGGGAGACCAGGAAGAGAGCAGUCUUCUCUAAAAAUUAAUAGUGAAAGCAUGAUGAAAAUUGACUUCCCUUUUUUUAACUGUAAGCUUUCUCAGUAGCAGGAAAACAGAUCCAGCACUUAAAGGCUUGGGCAUUUUUUGCUUUUCUUUCAUUUGUUCUGUUUUGUUUUUUCAACUAGUGAGAGAACCACUGGCUUGUUAGUAGCGUGCCAAGCCCAGUAUUUGAUAGAAGAAGUAAAGAAGGUUUAUUUCUUAAGCAAGGAACUGAACAGCUUAAUUGGGCCACUAGCUUUUAUAGUUCUUCUUUCUUCCAACAAAUAGGAAGUAAUCUGCAGUGCAUAUUCUGUAAUUAGCAUGGCAUCCACCCUCAGAGCAGGUUUUCUUGCCUUGCUCUUCUGUAUAAAGUUGGUCUUUCUAAACUGUGGAACAUUGCUUGGGAACAUUCUGUGAAGAUGGUGGCUUCAGGAGAUGCCAAUGUCCAUGUUGUUUAAUAGGGGACUUGUAGAGAUGGAAUUGAGCAAGGUCACCUUGCCUUCAAAACUUGUGCUGCUUCUUGCACUGUUCUUGCACUGUUCUUACAGGAUGUUGAGCGCUUUUAAGACUUAAGAAUGCUACCUUUUCAAACUACCACUGAGAAAUGUUGCAGCGUGUUGUAAAGCUGAACUCAAAGUUCAUGCCAAAAUUUUACCUCUAAGGAUGCAAUAGAUCGUUACACGUAAACAAAUACACAGCUGGAUGAUAAUUUCUUGUUUGACAAGCAUAGAAGAUGGUUCUUAUUUUUAGUAAUUGUAGAGGACAAGCAACUAACUUUGGCCCUCAAAUUUAGAAAUGGAGAAGUGGUAGGUAGUUUUUGUUUGAUUUAUUUGGCUCGUUGAUUGGUGAUGAUGGGUUGGGUUUCUUUGUCUUUGUUUAGUGGCUGACAUUUAUAAACAACUGACCUGUAUACAGGUAGCAGUCUUUGUGACUCCCAGAUAACAGCACCCUUGCUCUGUGUACUCUAUAUGAACUGCUUAUUUUCUUAAACUGCACUAGUCUGAAGUUUUUGGGUCCUUUUUCUUUAGAAGUGCUUUCAGCUGUUUUCUUCAGUGUCUAGCAGUUGCAUAUUCUCAGGGAUAUUACUUAGCCAUGGCAAAAUAAGAGUAAUCACAGCCUUACCCUAGGAGAGUCAGACUGCUUUUUGAGAAAUAAGUACAUCUGGGUACAGAACUCUGAUGCAGCUCAUGACACAGACAAUGUCUGUCCAGUGCACAUCCUUGCUGAGACAUGGUAAAUCCCAAAGCAAUCUGAAAAGAAGUGCUAUCUAGUGCUGUAUAAUGGCUGUCAGCAUAUUUUGUAGAGAUCAUACACACAUCUUUGUAGUACAGUGCUGUUGGCAUUAGAGCAGAGCUCCUAAAUGGUUUCAGUCGAGUUCUGCUUAGCACUGGGAGGCUUUUAUUUAUUUUAUUUAUUACGUAUUUCGUUUUAAAGCAAACUGUGCUUUGGAGCCCCCUCUGCUAUUUUAAGACACUGCACUCAGUUGCAUCCUGAAGUUCUCUGACAUUACAGUUGUAGAGUAUGAAUUGCAUACUCGAGUGCUUUAGCGCUAAGGUCUCAUUGAAACAUUUUGUCUUGAUACUGUUGUAAUAUGAGUCUCCCUUCAACAAAUGCACUUAAAGUUAAGGACUGCAAACCUUCACUGACAAACCUUUUGUAAAGCAUCAUCAGGAUUUAGGUUGCAGUCAUUUGCUUUAAAAAUGUUUCACAGAUUGAACAUUGUCACUUGCUCGGCUGGCCACACAGAAGUAUGCCCAAAAUGUGCUCCAGUUGUUUGUGAUGUGUUUUGGCAAAGAGAUGUGGACCACUGUAGAGAAUGGUAUUACCUGUGUGCUUACGCUGGAGCCUCUCACCAUCUCUUUUUAUCGUUGAUUCAGCUUUUGUGAAAAGCUUUAAAGACCCCUGAAUUGUAGAACCAAAAAACAUCAUUAGCACACUCCCACCUUUCUAUCUUUCCUCUUCCCCACUUGUUCCCCACUCCUUCCCUUCCUCCCAUUUGUCACCUUCUUUGCUGUCAGAGCUGUUGCUGUCCAGCCAAAGCAUCUCCAUAGCAGUGUGAAGUAGGAGGUUUUAUAAGUCAUUAAAUGGGAAACUUUGAAAAGCAGAUCUGAAUUCUGUGGCAAGGACAGAGUUGGAUGGAGAACGUGCUGCUUUUCUUUGAAGCUUUGCCCUGGUUGAGAUACUCUGCUCGGACAACCAUGCCAAUUUCAUUGAUUAAAUUUAAAUCAGGACAUUUCAAAAUUGGCAGCUCUACCUCUUAGGAGUGAAAGCAUUCGGGUUUUGUAUUUUUAAUGGGCUUAUUUCUCUUCUGUUUGCAUGCAUAGUACCGAUAACGAAACAGAGAGGAGGGGGGAAUUCAUAAUUGAAUUCCUACCUUUUUGCUGCCUUCAGUAGCCCCUUGGUGAGCAAACCCUGCACACUUUGAUGUCCUGCAUGCUCUGGUAUGAAAUCACCCAUGUGCAGUGGGGAGACCAGAGCACGAACUCCACCUCUGAGCAAACCCGUUCAGCAGCUCAUCCUACUCAGUUCACACAAGGAUUUAAGCACUUGCUUUGAAGUUUGAGCACAGGCAUAUGUUUCACUGACAGACUUCUUACAUUGGCAUGCAUUUCUUCAAAAUGUGGCCUUUCACUGGCAUCUGUUAAUAUCCCUUUCUUGGUGUAGUAUUCUGUGUGUGUGCACCCCCAUACUCUGGAUGUGCUAAAGAGUUUUUAAAGUUUGUAUUUGAGAAAGAAUCAGGAUAUGGAAACAAGGAAGUUUCAUGUUUGUUUACUUUAUUGUGCACUGCAGCAUUUAGUGAUCCCAAAUACAUUAUUUGAUUCCUUCAUUUAAAGCCACCUUCAAAUUUGGUGAUUUUUGUCUACUUGAAACAAAACAAACAAAUUGCAUUCUGGAAUAUGGUGACUGAACUGAAAACCAAAGCAGCUUGCUUUUGUGGUUUCCAUUUCUAUUUUCUUGCAUUUUUCAAUCCAGUUUUGGGCAUUCAUUUUAUUAAUGUCAAGCUGGGCUUACAGUGAGCCUUACUGAGAUAUAAGAUGAAGAGAAGGUAUAUUGCUUCACACUUUAAUUCUAAGGGCUUGUUCAUGCCCCAGAAAUCACCUCCACCAGCGUAAGCAUUGCACAAAUUGUGCUGUCAUAAGCAGUUCAAUCUUGAAAUACUUUGGAGUUUCCAAUCUGCAUCAUCUCUCACGUGAUACAGCAUCUGUUUUUUUUUGGUGUUAUUUUUGAAUAUUGUUAAGACUUCUGCCAGACUUUUUUAUUAUUUCACUGUAAUAAACUUAUUUUAAAUAAGCAUGUUUUAAAAUCUCACUUCUUUCUUGCAUGGAUUUGGUUUUUUAUUACAACAGAGGGCCUAAAGUGCCAUUCAGGACUGCAUCUGUUCUAGAUACUGUGUGAACAGUCAAAAACAGUAUGUUUCUGGUUCAUAGAAACUGCCUGUAUGUAUCUUUGUAUGAAGAAUGUUAACACACAUGGAGCCUGUUUUGAUUACGAGAAUAAAAGCUGCAUCGGCAACA